AUGGGAGAAUUAACUUUCUUUCUUGGACUGCAAAUCAAACAGUCUCCUAAAGGGAUCUUCAUUAGCCAAACCAAGUACACCAAGGAACUUAUAAAGAAGUUCGGCAUGGAGAAUGCUAAGUCUAUUGGAACUCCAAUGAGUGCAACAACGAUGCUUGUUGAAGACAUCAAUGGAAAAAGUGUUGAUGAAACUAUUGUUUGCAAGUGUGCAAGAUUUCAGUCGGCUCCUAAGGAAUACCAUCUUACUACUGUUAAACGCAUUAUAAUAUAUCUCAUUGGAACCUCGGAACUAGGAUUAUGGUAUGCUCAUUCUAACAAUUUUGCUUUAAGAGGAUUUUUAGAUGCAGAUUUUGCAGGUGAUAAGAUCUACAGGAAAAGUACCAGUGGCACAUGUCAACUUUUCGGAAAUGCACUAGUUUCUCGGCAGAGCAAGAAACAAAAUUGUGUUGCCUUAUCAACAACUAGAGCAGAAUAUUUAGCUGUUGAAAGCUGUUGUACCCAAGUUCUGUGGUAA